CUGUGCUGAGACGCAGGCGGAGUAACAGCAACCACUGAGAAGGAGGAUCGGUGGAAAAUGUAUAGAUAGGCUAAUUGUAACGUUCUAAUGUGCAGGAGUAGCGUUCAAAAUUUAGAGCCCAAGUUUACAGAACAGAAGCUUGGACAUUGUAAGCGCUGGACGGUCAUGACGAAUGAGAAUCUGUGGCGAUAACAAUGUUUCAUCUUUUUCCACUCUGGAUCCUUGGAUACGUUACGCGCGUGUGUAUUCGUUUAAUUUCAAGAAUGUGUGUGAUACAGAGUGCGAGGAGUACUAUAGUGCGAGGACCGUAACGACUCUAAUGUCCAAUUACAAUCUAAAGUUGUAAAAAUGCACGCAGCUACCAGCCUCUCAAUGGUCAGUUUGCUAAGUUUUGGCUACCUAUCCAUGGAAUGGAUCAAGCCGAAUAAAGUGGAGGAGCACACUCAAAACGAUCCCUCUAUUACGUUUGAGCCCAAACAACCACCACACAUCAUAUUCAUACUGACGGAUGACCAAGGCUUCAAUGACAUAGGUUACCACAACCCGGACAUUCGUACUCCAACUCUAGACAAACUGGCCUCCGAAGGGGUGAAGCUGGAGAAUUAUUACGUUCAACCUAUCUGCACUCCGUCACGCAGUCAGCUGAUCACGGGCAGAUACCAGAUCCACACAGGCCUUCAGCAUUCCAUCAUCCGGCCUCGACAGCCCAACUGCCUCCCCCUGGACAUGACCACACUCCCACAGCGACUGCAGGAAGCAGGGUACGCUACUCACAUGGUGGGCAAAUGGCAUCUUGGCUUCUACAGGAAGGAGUGUCUGCCCACACGCAGAGGCUUCCACAGCUACUUUGGCUCUCUGACGGGCAGUGUGGACUACUACACGUAUGGUUCCUGUGACGGACCAGGCCUAUGUGGCUACGAUCUCCACGAGGGGGAGACCGUGGCCUGGGGCCGUGGAGGCAAGUUCUCCACCCACCUCUACACACAGAGGGUACGCAAGAUCCUGUCCACUCAUGACCCGUCCCGCCAGCCCCUCUUCAUGUUCCUCUCCCUCCAGGCUGUCCACACGCCCCUUCAGUCACCCAAGGCCUACAUCUACCCCUACCGCGGGAUGGGGAACGUAGCCAGAAGGAAGUACGCAGCCUUGGUGUCCAUCGUAGACGAGGCUGUACGCAAUGUCACCUACGCUCUGCGCAAGUACGGCUACUACCGCAACAGUGUGCUCAUCUUCUCCACUGACAACGGUGCCCAGCCGUUCACUGGGGGGAGUAACUGGCCCCUACGGGGACGUAAGGGGACCUACUGGGAGGGAGGUGUCCGUGGGGUGGGCUUCGUACACAGCCCACUGCUGCGUAACAAGCGGAGGGUCUCCAAGGCCCUCAUGCACAUCACUGACUGGUAUCCAACCCUGGUGGGUCUGGCUGGGGGUAACGUGUCACUGACUGAGGGUCUGGAUGGCUACAAUGUGUGGCCAACCAUCAGUGAAGGCAAAGAGUCUCCACGCCUGGAGAUACUCCAUAACAUUGACCCGCUCCAUCGGCGCACUGGCCUGCCCCCAUCUGGUUCUGGGCAGGAGGCCCAGCAUUUGUGGGACACCACGGUCCAGGCUGCCAUCCGGGUGGGAGACUGGAAGCUGCUAACAGGGGACCCGGGCCAUGGAGACUGGGUCCCACCACAGGUACUGGCCAACUUCCCCGGCAGCUGGUGGACCCUGGAGCGGAACACUGGAGGAACAGGGAAGUCUGUGUGGCUCUUUAACAUCACAGGAGACCCCUAUGAACGCAGUGACCUGGCGCUGCAGAGGCCUGAUGUGGUCAAACAGCUGUUAGCACGUCUGGCCUACUACAACCGCACUGCCGUCCCGGUCCGGUUCCCAACUGACGACCCCCGGGCCAACCCAGACCGCAACGGGGGAGCCUGGGUACCCUGGGUCGGGGGGGACGAAGACGAGCAGAAAUGGAACGGGGUCUACAAAAAGGGGAGGAAUAAAAGGAAGAAGAAAUGCAAGCUGGGUAAACUGAGAUCCUUUUUCAAGAAACUGAAUACAAGGAUAAUGUCCAAUAGAAUAUGAGCUGGGAAAGUGAAUGACACUCAGUCACAUGUAGCCUUCGUCAGGGUUGGGUAGGUAACUUUCUAAAUGUAUUCUGUGACUCCCCAAUCCUGACUAUACAUUUAACACUGCAACAAUAUUCUGAGCCAGCAAUAUCCGUUUUCACACCUGUGUGUGCUUGUGAAAAGGGAAAAUGAUAUUUACUAUUGUGCAUCUCUUUGUCUGUGCCUUUAGAUGUUUUUGGAUGUAAGACUAUUGUGUUCUAUGGUAUUUGUUAAAUGUUCCACUACAUCUAUACGUAGUGUGUAGCUAAGUGAAUUGAACAUGCUGCAUGUAUACUUUGACCUACUCAAUUGUGGGUUAAUGGACUACUAAUUAACUGACCUGUUAUUAACUGACCUGUAAUGUUUUUGAGAAUGUCUAAGAAAUGAAACAACUUGUUUUUUUGUUGUUGUUGAUAACCACAGAAAGUAACGCCAGAUUCUUUACUUCUUUGUGAAAACCAAAGAAACUACCCACUGGGAAAAAACUGGUUGAGGCAAUGUUGUUUCCACAUCAUUUCAACCCCCCAAAAAUCGAUGUGAUGAUGUUGAUUCAACGUAGAAAACUCAUUGGAUUCACAAUAAAUCAUCAGCAUAAGGGCAUUUGGUCUUUUUUACACCCAACCUUUAACCUAAACCCAAUGACACGGUGACAUUUGUUGUUGAAUUCACAUUAGUUGACAACUCAACCAAGUAUAAAUCAAAGCUAGAUGUUGAACUGACGUCUGUGCCCAGUGGGUAAUACCAUAUUCCUCUAUAUGUCUUUGUGAUAACCACAGAAACUAACAUCAUAUGCCUCUUUAUGUCUUUGUGAUAACCACAGAAACUAACAUCAUAUGCCUCUAUAUGUCUUUGUGAUAACCACAGAAACUAACAUCAUAUGCCUCUAUAUGUCUUUGUGAUAACCACAGAAACUAACAUCAUAUGCCUCUAUAUGUCUUUGUGAUAACCACAGAAACUAACAUCAUAUGCCUCUAUAUGUCUUUGUGAUAACCACAGAAACUAACAUCAUAUGCCUCUAUAUGUCUUUGUGAUAACCACAGAAACUAACAUCAUAUGCCUCUAUAUGUCUUUGUGAUAACCACAGAAACUAACAUCAUAUUCCUCUAUAUGUCUUUGUGAUAACCACAGAAACUAACAUCAUAUGCCUCUAUAUGUCUUUGUGAUAACCACAGAAACUAACAUCAUAUGCCUCUAUAUGUCUUUGUGAUAACCACAGAAACUAACAUCAUAUGCCUCUAUAUGUCUUUGUGAUAACCACAGAAACGAACAUCAUAUGCCUCUAUAUGUCUUUGUGAUAACCACAGACAUCCUCACCUUUUUACUUCUUUGUGACACCCCCAUUUGACAACAGACAGACAGACCAUUGGUGGAUAUGAAGGUAUGUCACCCUACUUUAGUAGGCAACUGUGCACAACCUAAUGGAAACUGAAAGGAAGAGUGUUAGUGAAAUGAUAUGUCUUGAAGUUAUUAUCUUAAGACUGCUCUCUUCAUGUCACAACAGUCUGUAGAAGGUUGUAAAAGGGCUGUGCUGAUAGUGGAUUUUCUCCAAUGGAAACCAUUCAACUCUGUAGUAAAUGAUUGAUUCAGAAAUCUACCAAGAAUGUAAUCAGGCCUCAGCAGGGAAUUUAAAUACAAAGGUCUGUCUGGCCUUCCUAAACACAGCUAGGGCCUACUCUAGGGUUCCCCAACUGGUGGCCCGCGGGCCGAAUUUGGCCCGCAUGUGAUUUUAUUUGGCAACCCAAGUAUUCUGAGCCAAAUUAUUAUUAUUUUUUUUUAGAAUUUUGUUAUCUAUAUUGUUACAUUUUCUUUUACUGUUGGACAUAAAAUACUGUAAAAACAUCAGACAAUCAGCUCGAAGUGGCUUUCAUUAUGGAAAUCUGUUCCAAAGUAUUCCAACGCAUAAUAGAGAGAUAUAUGUGAUUGUAUAUAAAUGUAAGCAAGGUUUGAAAUGUAAAUUUUUUGUCAAAUAUUAUAUCUGUUUGGGCCGAUUGCGGUCAAUUUGCAGUCAAAAAAUGAUUUGUAAUUAUGUUCCAACCCCCUGGCCCUCCACUCAAGAACAAAAUGUUCCCAUGACUGAAUCUAGUUGAUUCAGUCUACUCCCACUACACACUGUAAAUAAUGUAUUCACCAACACACCAUAGUCUUAGACUCUGCUCUCCCUCUUCAGAUGUCCCUCAACACUGCAUGACACAAGCUUUCAGGAAGAACUCCAAGAAAACUACUAUUGUUGUCAAAGUAUUACAGUGUUACAGUGGCUUUCAAAUACACUCAAGGUUGUAAGAGGACCAGCUGCAGAGAGACUCAUCAUCUCAGAAAAUAGUUAAUGAUAUCUCUGAAUCUGAGGCAUCCAAGAAAAACUAAAUGUCCAGGAAAAAUGCUUGGGCCAUUAUCUCUUAACUGUUCAGUAAAGCAGAUGUUUGUCUCCAUAUGGGAACUAUGGAGAGGGCAGACGUCUCCUGGAAUAGAAGACGAAGAGAUGACAGAUGAUCUCUGUCCAGCUGUGUGUGUGUGUGUGUGUUUGUGUGUGUCUGUGUGAGAGAGAGGGGGUAAAAUUGGAGGGGGAGAGAGAUAUAGAUAGGACAAGUGCAUUUAUUAAAGACCAUAAUGCAUCUAA